AUUAUCUCAGAAAUCAGCUUUAAAAUGACAUUUAAUGCUAUUUACGAUGUGAAUUUGUAGUCGUCACAGUUGAGGAUCUGUGACAUCUUGUUUUUUGUUUUUGUGAGGCUGUGGUGUUUUUAAUCAAGGAAAAAAAGCAUACUUUCUUGUUGGGAUGUGAGUAAAAAAAAAGUAUCAGUUUGUGUGGUUCGUGUUGUUUUGUAUUGCUCGGGCUAGACUCUCUCUCAUCCCCCUCUCCUCUCCUCUACCGCUCAAAAUCUCUGAUACUGCUUCUUGCCGCUCUCUUAACUCAAAUUUCUCUCUCUAGGUAUAUGUUACUGUGAUUGUAUGUAUGGUUUUUGUGGGCGAUCUGAAUCUUUCCAAACCCACCGCUGGAGUUUCAAAAUGAUCAAUUUUGAGAGGUUUUUAUGCUAAUUCUUUUGUAGGGAUGAUGUUUUCUUGAUUCCGAAUGGCAAAAGAAAUUGUUGAAAUAUUGUGGAUCAAGUCAUUGUGGAGUUGUUUAUGUUUGUGUUUGUGUUUGUGUUUGUAUCAUGGGAUUCAUGUAAGCAUACUAAUAGUGAGAGGUGGAUAGUUAUGGAGGGCUCAUCCGAGUCUGGUUGGGAGAGGUCUGAUAGUUCUAGGGGUUUAAAUUCUUCAUUCUUGGCCAGAAAUUCAAGAAUUUUGAGGGGAGGUGCUGUCAGAUUUUCAGGAGAUAAUAGUAGCCAUGAUUCUGUCAGGAAAGGGAGGCCUUGGGCUCAUGUCACUAGCCAUGGGGGUCUCCUACCUGGGUCUGAGGGCGGGGCAGUUGCGUGCAACGAUGUGAGUUUGAGAAAGUGGUUGGAUAACCCGGAAAGGGCUGUGGAUGCCCUUGAGUGCCUGCAUAUAUUCUCUCAGAUUGUUGAUGUUGUGAACUUGGCUCAUUCUCAAGGAAUUGUACUUCACAAUGUUAGGCCUUCGUGUUUUGUUAUGUCCUCGUACAGCCGGGUGUCGUUCAUUGAGUCUGCCUCUUGCUCGGACUCUGGCUCGGAUUCCCCCGAGUAUGGAUCAAACAGCCAAAUGGCUGAGUUCAAGGGUUCGCCCUCGGUUCUGCCUCCUGAGUCGCAGCACUCUAGGAGCCAGUAUGCUCGUCUUGCUAGGAAUCCGGCCUCACAGAUUAACUCCGAGAGCAGCUGUUUGCAGUCAAGUUCAGGUCAGGCUGUGCAUGGUUCGGAUGGGGCUGCCAAUGAGCGAACAGUGGGGGAUAAGAAGCAGUCUUUCCCAAUGAAGCAGAUACUGCUCAUGGAGUCCAAUUGGUACACCACACCAGAACAGGUUUCUGGUGAUCCAACUUCGAGUGCUUCAGAUAUAUAUCAGCUUGGUGUCUUACUAUUUGAGUUGUUUUGCACUUUUGAUUCCCUGGAAGAGAAAAGCUCGACUAUGGCAAGCCUGAGACACCGUGUCCUCCCUCCACAGCUGCUUCUUAAGUGGCCUAAAGAAGCUUCGUUUUGCUUGUGGUUGCUGCAUCCGGAGCCAAGUAGUCGGCCUAAAAUGAGCGAACUGUUGCAAAGUGAGUUCUUGAGCGAGCCUAGGAAUGAGAUACAAGAACGUGAAGCUGCCAUAGACCUUCGAGAAAUGAUAGAGGAGCAGGAGCUAUUGCUGGAAUUUCUCUUGAUACUGCAACAGAUGAAGCAAGAAGCAGCUGAUAACUUGAAUGAAACAAUAUCACUUAUAUCCUCCGACAUAGAAGAAGUCACGAAGCUGCAUACUUCUCUCAGGAUGAAAGGUGGACUGAGCAUAGAUUUUGGUAAGGGUUCAGGGUCGGGUCCCAAUUUAAUGAGCAAUGCAGAUGAUGAUGAUUCUGGUAGCUCAGGAUCAAGAAAGAGAAUCAGGCAGGGCCUUGAUACGAGUGCCCCCGAUGAAUCAGAAGAGCAUGCUGAUAUACCUCAGAAACCAGAGACUCAUGGAAGCGGAAGCUUUCUCUCCAAAAGUUCUCGGCUGAUGAAGAAUUUCCGGAAAUUGGAAUCAGCUUACUUUCUAACCAGACGCAGAUCUCUUAAAAUACCGUCUCGGUCAUUGGCAAGACAUUCUCAAGUUAGUAGUGAUGGUAGAGGGGGGUCUAAUGUAGCAACUGAAAGAAGUUCCAUCAGUAACCCAUCGUCAAGAGAUCGAAACAUUGAGCAAAAGCCAAAUGGAUGGAUAAAUACAUUCCUAGAAGGAUUGUGUAAAUAUCUUUCAUUUAGCAAGCUAAAAGUUAAGGCAGAUUUAAAGCAAGGAGAUCUCUUAAAUUCAUCAAAUCUGGUAUGCUCCCUUAGUUUUGACCGUGAUGGGGAGUUUUUCGCAAGUGCUGGUGUAAAUAAGAAAAUCAAAGUUUUUGAGUACAAUUCAAUCUUGAACGAAGAUCGUGAUAUUCAUUAUCCAGUUGUUGAAAUGGCAAGUAGAUCGAAGCUUAGCAGCAUAUGUUGGAAUAGCUACAUUAAAGGCCAGAUUGCUUCAAGUAACUUUGAAGGUGUGGUACAGGUAUGGGAUGUCACCAGGAGUCAGACUUUCAUGGAAAUGAGAGAACAUGAACGGCGGGUGUGGUCUGUUGAUUUCUCAGUGGCAGAUCCAACAAUGCUGGCCAGCGGUAGCGACGAUGGUUCUGUUAAGCUCUGGAACAUCAAUCAGGGAGUAAGUGUUGAUACCAUUAAGACGAAGGCCAACGUCUGCUGUGUUCAAUUCCCCACAGAUUCCGGUCGUACUCUUGCAUUUGGUUCGGCAGAUCAUAAGAUAUACUACUAUGAUCUUCGCACCUCCAAAAUGCCUCUAUGUACUCUUGUUGGGCACAAAAAGACAGUGAGCUAUGUGAAGUUCAUUGAUUCAACAACUCUUGUGUCGGCCUCCACAGAUAACACUCUAAAGCUGUGGGAUCUGUCGAUGUGUACGUCAAGAGUUCUUGAUUGUCCCUUGCAGUCAUUCACAGGCCAUCUGAAUGUAAAGAAUUUCGUUGGCUUGUCUGUAGCAGACGGUUAUAUUGCAACUGGCUCAGAAACAAACGAGGUUUUUGUCUACCACAAGGCCCUCCCGAUGCCUGCAUUGUCGUUCAAAUUCAACAGCACGGAUCCACUCUCAGGCGAUGAAGUGGAUGACACGGCACAGUUCAUCUCAUCCGUGUGUUGGCGUGGCCAGUCCUCCACCUUAGUAGCUGCAAACUCCAUGGGAAACAUUAAGCUAUUGGAGAUGGCUUGAUUUCCUUAGUUGCAAAAUAGUCCAAGUAGAAUAUUCGUUGGGUCAAACAAAUUUUUUGCCUUAGUUUUGUAGUGAUACAUAUAUAUUAAUAUAUACAUAUACGCUGACUUGACAAUGCGAUUCAUGUUUUGGAAAAGUAUAUUGUAGAUAAAGAGGUGAAGUGAAGAAAGGUGUGUACAAAGGGGUUAUUAUUGUUGAUAUAUUUUUAUGGAGUACAUUUUUCGACCCUUUUA